GCACCAACCAACUAACUUCCCGAGAUGGGGGGGACGGGACUGGGACUCACCGGGCACCUGCUCCUCGGCCUCCCCCAUGACAGGCUCGAGGGGGAGGUGCCUAAGAGAUAGAUGGACCCGCGAGCAGCCGGGAUCCCGGAAGUAAACAAACCCCUGCCACUAGCAACAGAGGGCUGAAGCAGCGACCAUAGAGAGUAGCUUGCAUGUCGAGGUUCCUAUUCAAUGCCGCAACUGCGAACAAGAUCAGCAAGCUUCCCGUGCAAUGCAUUCGAUAUAGGCAUGGGCAACCACCUACUCAGAUUGUCACUCAGUUGAAAGCUCAUGACUUUCUGACCCUACAAAAUUAUACAACUGAAGAAAUGAAGUAUUUGCUGUGGGUGGCAGCAGAUUUGAAAGAAAGAAUCAAAUGUAAAGGAGAGUAUUUGCCUUUGCUACAAGGAAAAUCAUUAGCCAUGAUUUUUGAGAAAAGAAGCACAAGGACUAGAUUAUCUACAGAGACAGGAUUUGCUCUCCUUGGAGGACAUCCCUGUUUCCUCACAACACAAGAUAUUCAUCUGGGCAUUAACGAAAACAUCACUGACACAGCACGGGUGUUGUCAACCAUGACAGAUGCAAUCCUGGCACGAGUUUACAAUCACAUUGAUCUGGAGGUGUUGGCGCAAGAGGCCACAAUUCCAGUGAUUAAUGGACUGUCUGAUUCUGACCAUCCCCUGCAGAUUUUAGCUGAUUACCUUACACUUCAGGAACACUAUGGGUCUUUGCAUGGAUUGACCCUAAGCUGGAUAGGUGAUGGAAAUAAUGUCCUAAACUCUAUUAUGCUGAGUGCUGCUAAAUUUGGGAUGAAUCUGCAUGUUGCCACUCCAAAGGGUUUUGAGCCAGAUCCCACAGUCACCAAAAUAGCGGUAGAGGAUUCCAUAAAGCACCACACCAAAUUGCUUCUCACAAGUGACCCUUCUGAAGCUGCCAAAGGAGCCAACGUUUUAAUCACAGACACAUGGAUAAGCAUGGGGCAGGAAGAAGAAAAAGAAAAGAGAAUGAGGGCUUUCCAGGGUUAUCAGAUCACAAUGAAGACUGCAAAAGUGGCUGCUGCUGAUUGGACAUUUUUACACUGCUUGCCCAGAAAGCCAGAAGAAGUUGAUGAUGAAGUGUUUUAUUCGCCACAGUCGCUGGUUUUUCAAGAGACUGAAAAUAGGAAGUGGACAGUUAUGGCUGUCAUGGUGUCCCUGCUGACAGAUUACUCACCACAGCUGCAGAAGCCUACAUUUUGAUUGUUGGGUUUCUGACAAGAGAAAAGAUUCCUCACCAGCAUGCACCAUUCUGGUCCAUGAAGUCUCUCUUUCUCUCUCAAAAGCAAGAUAAAAGCAAACCCAGAAAUUUCUACAAUAUUUUCAUUCUACAUCUGUUCCAUCUCUUAAGUUCUCCAGCUGCAUUUCAUCUUCUACUUGUUUUUUGUUCUCCAUAUUGAUUAGUCUUCGAAAACAGUUACAGUUCAUCAGUCAAAAUGUAGGCAAUGGUUUGACACUGCAAUAGUAGAAUUGAUCUCAUAAAUGUGUCUUGGAGCUGCGUACAAUGAAAAUCACUGCAGCUUUCUCAAAAGUUGUCAUAUUUUCCUGCUGAUCUUAUGUAUGUGUGUGUGAGAGAGUACCUUUUCUUCUGAACAACGUGUGCAUGUUUCAGAUCCAUUUUGUCAGUACCAAUUACACUACUUCCUCAUGUGAGCAGGGCUGGCACCAGGCAUGACUGGGCCCUUGGGCAACAGCCCGCCCUGGGCCCACGGUGCUGUAGCCCAGCACCACCCCCCAUGCAGGUGGCACAGGGCUAAUAAGCCUGCUGGCGUGCCUCACCUACCUCUCGUGUUGUGUGAAUGACACCUGCCAUCAAUCAAGAUGACUGUAGAACAUCAGCCUCUUAGGAAGCCCCUGCCACCAUCUUGAAUGACGGCAGGCACGCACACACAGCGUGCAUGGCAUUCACACUGAUGGGAGAGGCAAAUGAGGCAUGCAGGCAGGCUUAUUGAAGCCCGCAUUGUCUGUAUUGGGGGGUGCCUGGGAGCCAUCUUUCUGUGAUCAGCAGCAGGGUAAGGUUGCAAGACCCAAUGCUGCCGUGGAUCAUAGAAUGGGAACAUAACCCUCCCACCCUAAGGAGGGGCCCCUUUGGACUGCAGGGGCCCUCAGCUAGGGAUCAGCCUGGCCACCCUCUGGUGCCGGCCCUGCAUGUGAGAUUAGACAGGACAUGAGUUUGGUUAAUAUUUGUUCCUUUUUUAUUUUCCCCCCCUUUUUGAGUGAGUUCUGUGCCUUUUGUAUUUUCUGUACUUGUU